AUGGAACCCACCCAGGAGGUUAUAGAGACCACAGCCGUGGACCUGGGCGCCCUUCUGGACGCAGGGGACGGCGCAGUCGUCACACUGGUGGCGGGCGGCACCCGUCUUGUGGCGCACAGGGCCGUGUUGGCCGAUAGAAGUCCCGUGUUUGGCGGCAUGUUUCGCCACGACACACUGGAAGCCAACACCGGUGAGGUCGCAAUCCCAGACGUGGAGGGCCCGGUGCUGCGCCAGCUGGUCGCCUACCUCUACACCCUCCAGGCCCCUCAGCUGCCCAGCCUGGCCCCCCACCUGCUGGCAGCCGCUGAUAAAUACGGCGUGUCGGCCCUGAAGGCUCGGUGCGAGCAGCUCGUGGCCGCUCAGCUGUCCGUCGAGACUGCGGCGGCUGCAGCUGUUCUGGCGAUCAGGCACUCCUGCACCAGCCUCAGGCAGGCCGCCGUUAACUUCAUCAAGGCCAACGUCACCCAGGUUAUGACCACGCAGGGUUGGGCUGAUGCGGUGCGCACUCAGCCUGAAGACGUGGUCAGACUGAGUCAGUUGCUCGCGAGUCCUCUGGCAGCAGCCAGCGCGCCGGCCUCUGCAGACGGCAGUCCGCGCCCCGGCAGUGGGCCGCAGGGAGACCGCGGUCACACCCCUGCCACUGCUGCGCCGUCCACGGCCAGCCGCACUGCUCCUCCGCCAGAUGACUCUGCCGUCUCUUGCCUGCGGAACAUUCCGGAAAAGGAGAAGAACAGGAGAUUGAUUCAGGCAGCGAAGGAGGAUGCAGUCAAUGAGCUGCAGGAUCUACUGGCAGCUGGUGCGACCGUCGGGGCGAGGGAUGACCGCGAGAGCAGGUGGACCACCCUCCACUGGGCAGUAGAGAAGGGACAUGUGAAGGCAGCGAGGUGCCUGGUGGAGGGUGGAGCAGACGUGGACGCCAGGACCAGCAACUGGCAGGAGACGCCCCUGCACAGGGCUGCAGUUCAUGGCCACGAGGCUGUGGCACGGCUGCUGCUGAAAGCAGGGGCAGAGGUUAAUGCCAGGAACAGCAAGCAGAGGACGCCCCUCCACCUGGCUGGGUACCAUGGCCGUGAGGCUGUGGUGCGGCUGCUGUUGGCGGCCACUCCCUACCACAACGCCAGGGAUCAGUGGGGGGACACGCCGCUGCACGAUGCAGCUCUGCAGGGCCACGCAGGGGUGGCAUCUGCACUGCUUGAGGCUGGGGCUGACCGUAGGACCAGUAAUAUCCAGGGGAAAACACCACUGGACCUCGCCAGGCAGAACAACCACCAGCAGCUGAUAGAAAUGCUAAGAUGA